UCUUUUAAUUUGGUGCCUACUUCUCCAUCAGUUUAAGGGUAGGGCUGGCCCUUUCAUCUCUUAUAAAGCUCUCGUCAGACCCGAUCUUCCCCCUUCGUCUUCUUCCAGGACACUUAAUUCACCAUUUUGGUCACCGUUUGCUAUUGCUAAAGGCCAAGAUGUCUGGCAGAAGGUCCAGGAUCUCAGAGGAAGAGAUCAACGAGCUCAUUUCCAAGCUUCAGAUUCUUCUUCCGGACAACUACCAUCAUCGUCAUCGAGGCUCAAGCAGAGCUUCGGCAGCUACCCUCCUGAAAGAGACCUGCAACUACAUCAAAAGCCUCCACAAGGAAGUCAGUGAACUCAGUGGUCAGCUCUCUGAACUGAUGGCGGCGACAGACUUCAACGGUGCCCAGGCAGAGGUCCUGCAGAGCAUCUUCCGUUCCUGAAGAACCAUAGUCAAUUAUUAAUUAGGCCAGCGUCUAGCUACUAGCAUAAGGUCUUCAACAGAUUAACAUCUUUUUACCACGAAGAUUGCAAUAUAGCUAGUAAAACUAUGUAAUGUAGUAGCUAGUACUGGCAAUAUCAUUAUUAAUGUUACAA